ACCUAUAUGUGAAUUUAUGACAUUCAAUUUUGCAAUGCAAGCUAUAGAUCAAAUUAUCAAUUCAGCAGCAAAAGUCUAUUAUAUGGCAGGUGGUUUAGUACCAUGCCCCAUUGUCUUUCGAGGUCCAAACGGUUCAGCAGCAGGUGUUGCAGCUCAACACUCCCAAGAUUAUGCAGCAUGGUAUGGUGCUAUUCCGGGAUUAAAAGUUGUAUCACCGUGGGAUAGUGAAGAUGCCAAAGGGUUAUUAAAGUCUGCAAUUCGAGAUCCUAAUCCGGUUAUCGUAUUAGAGAAUGAACUUCAAUAUGGAGUUCCAUUUCCAAUGUCUGAGGAAGCAAUGUCACCCGAUUUUUUAUUACCAAUUGGUAGAGCUAAAAUUAUACGAGAAGGAAAGGAUGCCACAAUUGUAUCACAUUCAAGAACAAUAAAUUUUUGCAUUGAAGCGGCCGAAAAGUUGCAAGCCGACGAAGGAAUUUCAGUUGAAAUAAUUAAUUUACGAUCGAUCAGACCAUUAGAUGCUGAUGCAAUAGUAAACUCAGUUAAAAAAACUAAUCAUUUGAUAUCUGUUGAAUCGGGAUUUCCGCAAUUUGGAGUUGGUAGUGAAAUAUGUGCCUUAGCGAUGGAAACAGAAGCAUUUGAUUAUUUAGAUGCACCAGUAGAAAGAGUUACAAAUGCGGACGUUCCAACGCCAUAUGCACAAAAUAUAGAGUAUUUGAGUUAUCCAAAUGCAGAAGUAAUAGCCAAAGUCGUCAAGCGUUCAUUAUAUAGAAAAAA